CUAGUUCUUUCCCCCUACUGCUCACCCUUACCUUCAUCUUUAUUAUUACCGUUCGAUCAAAAUCCGAGAAAAAAUAUUUUUAAUCGACGGUUUGAAAGAAAACUGGAAGUGAAAUAGCCUCUCAUUCCGCGCCGGCUAAGUGGGGUCAUCUUUUCCACUGUAUUUGUAAUAAGCCAUAAUGGUUAUCACUGGACUUAUAGUUUUCAAUAAGCGCUCAUCUGAUAAGCACGUUGACUUAUCAUCUUCUUUACAUAGUCUCCUCUUUCCUAUAAAAAAUCACCACUUCUACAAGCAUCUAAGUUGGGUAAUAUAUGAAAGGAAUAUAAUUUUCUAGACAAGAAAGACAAUCUCUGGCAGCCUGGUUUUUUUUAAUGGAAGGGGUUAUUUUUUUAAGCCAGAGAGAGGAAGCUUGUUCUUUUUUCUUUCUUUGUCUGAAAAUGGAUCUUUUCAAAGUAUAAGAUCAAGUGUUUAUAUUUGGUGAUUUUUGUUUCAUCGUUGGAAAUUGAAGACGGGGCGGCUACGAUGUCAUCUCUCAGUAGAGAGCUUGUGUUCUUGAUCUUACAGUUUCUAGAUGAGGAAAAGUUUAAAGAGACUGUUCACAAGCUUGAACAGGAAUCUGGGUUUUUCUUUAAUAUGAAAUAUUUUGAGGAUGAGGUGCAUAAUGGAAAUUGGGAUGAGGUUGAAAAAUACCUCUCUGGUUUCACCAAGGUAGAUGAUAAUCGAUAUUCCAUGAAAAUCUUUUUCGAGAUAAGAAAGCAGAAAUAUCUUGAGGCAUUGGAUAAGCAUGAUCGGUCCAAGGCUGUGGAGAUAUUAGUAAAGGAUUUGAAAGUUUUUGCUACAUUUAAUGAGGAACUUUUUAAGGAAAUCACUCAGCUUUUGACGUUGGAGAAUUUCAGAGAGAAUGAACAGUUGUCAAAAUAUGGAGAUACAAAGUCUGCUAGAGCAAUCAUGUUAGUUGAACUCAAGAAGCUUAUCGAAGCAAAUCCUUUAUUCCGUGACAAAUUGCAGUUCCCUAACCUUAAAAAUUCAAGGUUACGCACUCUCAUUAAUCAGAGCUUGAAUUGGCAGCAUCAACUUUGUAAAAACCCCAGGCCAAAUCCGGAUAUAAAAACUCUCUUUGUGGAUCACUCAUGUGGACAGCCAAAUGGUGCACGAGCACCAUCACCUGCCAACAAUCCACUUCUUGGAUCCUUACCGAAAGCUGGAGGAUUUCCUUCCUUAGGUGCUCAUGGGCCUUUUCAACCUACGGCAGCACCAGUGCCAGCACCCCUUGCAGGUUGGAUGUCUAAUCCUUCAACUAUAACUCAUCCAGCAGUUUCUGGUGGAGCUAUUGGUCUUGGUGCUUCUUCAAUACCAGCUGCAUUGAAGCAUCCAAGGACUCCUCCAACUAAUCCGUCUGUAGACUACCCAUCUGGGGACUCUGAUCAUGUUUCCAAAAGGACAAGGCCCAUGGGGAUUUCUGAUGAGGUAAAUCUUCCUGUCAAUGUGCUGCCGGUAACAUUUCCUGGCCAUGGUCACAGUCAAACUUUCAAUGCACCUGAUGAUCUGCCGAAGGCUGUUGCAAGAACUCUGAAUCAGGGUUCAUCUCCUAUGAGCAUGGAUUUCCAUCCUGUUCAACAGACUCUACUUCUAGUUGGUACCAAUGUUGGAGACAUAGCAUUGUGGGAAGUUGGCUCUCGGGAGCGGCUUGUUUCAAAGAACUUUAAAGUUUGGGAUCUUAGUACUUGUUCAUUGCCUCUUCAGGCUGCUCUAGUCAAAGAUCCUGCUGUCUCUGUAAAUCGUGUAAUUUGGAGCCCUGAUGGUUCUUUGUUUGGAGUUGCUUACUCAAGGCACAUUGUGCAAGUAUAUUCUUACAAUGGUGGUGAUGAGGUUCGACAUCAUCUGCAGAUUGAUGCUCAUGUUGGUGGAGUAAACGAUAUUGCAUUCUCUCAUCCGAAUAAGCAACUUUGUGUAAUAACUUGUGGUGAUGACAAGACGAUUAAGGUGUGGGAUGCUACCAAUGGUAUAAAGCAGUAUACCUUUGAAGGUCAUGAGGCUUCUGUUUAUUCUGUCUGCCCUCAUUACAAGGAAAGUAUUCAGUUUAUCUUUUCAACAGCUCUAGAUGGAAAGAUAAAGGCAUGGUUGUAUGAUAAUAUGGGAUCACGGGUUGAUUAUGAAGCUCCUGGUCGUUGGUGCACAACCAUGGCCUACAGUGCUGAUGGUACAAGGCUAUUUUCCUGUGGCACCAGUAAAGAUGGGGAGUCAUUUAUUGUAGAAUGGAAUGAAAGUGAAGGGGUUGUGAAGAGGACCUAUCAAGGAUUCCGCAAACGUUCUUUAGGUGUUGUGCAGUUUGACACAACUAAGAAUAGGUAUUUGGCUGCUGGUGAUGAUUUCUCUAUCAAAUUCUGGGAUAUGGACAAUGUUCAACCUUUAACCAGUUUUGAUGCUGAUGGAGGCCUUCCAGCAAGCCCACGCAUCCGCUUUAACAAGGAUGGCUCUCUCUUGGCUGUUUCCACCAAUGAUAAUGGGAUUAAGAUUUUGGCCAAUUCAGAUGGUAUUCGAUUGUUGCGCACUUUGGAGAAUCUUUCUUAUGAUGCCUCAAGAACACCUGAAGGCCCCAAGCCUACAAUAAAUCCAAUCUCAGCUACAGCAACAGCUGCCGCUGCUACUAGUGCUGGACUUGCGGACAGAAGUGCCUCUGUGGUUGCUAUUGCUGGAAUGAAUGGUGAUGUCAGGAGUUUGGGGGAUGUGAAACCCAGAAUAACAGAAGAAUCCAGUGAUAAAUCAAAGAUUUGGAAGCUCACUGAAAUCAGUGAGCCAUCUCAAUGCCGAUCCUUGAGGCUUCCUGAAAGCUUGAGGGUGACCAAGAUAUCAAGGUUAAUCUUCACAAAUUCAGGUAAUGUUAUUUUGGCAUUAGCAUCAAAUGCUAUUCACUUGCUUUGGAAGUGGCAGCGAAGUGAUCGUAAUUCAAAUGGCAAGGCAACUGCAAGUGUACCACCUCAGUUGUGGCAACCAUCAAGUGGCAUUCUUAUGACAAAUGAUGUUGCUGAUACAAAUCCUGAAGAGGCUGUACCAUGUUUUGCUUUAUCCAAGAAUGAUUCUUAUGUAAUGUCAGCAUCUGGAGGAAAGAUUUCAUUGUUUAAUAUGAUGACAUUUAAGACAAUGGCAACUUUCAUGCCACCACCACCAGCAGCGACUUUUCUUGCAUUCCACCCACAAGAUAACAAUAUUAUUGCCAUCGGCAUGGACGAUUCAACAAUUCAGAUAUAUAAUGUCCGUGUGGAUGAGGUGAAGAGUAAACUUAAAGGCCACUCCAAAAGAAUAACUGGCCUUGCCUUCUCUCAUGUACUGAAUGUGCUUGUCUCAUCAGGAGCGGAUUCUCAGCUUUGUGUAUGGAACACUGAUGGAUGGGAAAAGCAGAAGGCUAGAUUCUUGCAGGUUCCAGCUGGGAGGACACCAAUAGCACAGUCAGACACACGUGUUCAAUUCCAUCAAGACCAGAUACAUUUUCUUGUUGUACAUGAGACUCAGCUUGCCAUAUUUGAAACAACAAAGUUAGAAUGUGUGAAGCAGUGGGUCCCUCGUGAAUCUUCUGCUCCAAUAACUCAUGCGACAUUCUCAUGUGAUAGCCAACUGGUGUAUGCCAGCUUUUUAGAUGCAACUGUUUUUGUGUUUACUGCUGUGAACCUUAGACUACAUUGUCGUAUAAAUCCUUCUGCUUAUCUUCCUGCCAGUGUCAGUUCCAAUGUUCACCCACUUGUAAUUGCUGCACAUCCAUCAGAGCCAAAUGAGUUUGCAUUGGGACUCUCAGAUGGUGGGGUUCAUGUCCUUGAGCCCCUUGAAUCUGAAAACAAAUGGGGUGUGCCUCCACCAGUUGAAAAUGGGUCAGCCAGCAGUGUCGCAGCAGCACCUUCAGUUGGAGCUCCGGGAUCAGAACAAAUCCAGAGAUGAUGAAAUGGCUGGCAGAGCACAAGUUCUUUUAUAUGCUUGACUUGCAGGCCCAUCCCUAAUUUAGCUAUGCUUUCCCACUGUCUAGUUUGUUAAGAACAGUAUUCGCGAAAGACGGACAUGCCAAACUAGUUGAUCCAAUACUUGGGUCGUUCACCAUUUUUAAUUAGAAAUGAAUUCAAGUAAUUGUAACAUUUGAUCGUGCUUGUUAGAACAGCAGAAUAACAACAUUUGCUUGCCUGAUUGCUCUACUGAAUGGCAGCAUUGCCUAAUUGAUAAUGCCAGUUACAAAUCUCUU